UCUUAUAUGAACAAACUGGGGAAUUUCCCCCAUCACUUUCACUACGGUCAGCUAAUAAAGAGAAAUGACAGCCUAUCUCGCUCACGAAGACUUUAACCAAUCAUUUAUGUUAACGCCAUAUCUGAAUGUCACAAAUAAAAUAAUCAAACGAGGCUUAACUCGGCAAUGUCAAUUCUGUCAAAAGUAAUGACAAUGAAAGUUAGUGGAAAUAAUUUUCCAUUAGUUUACAGUUUUUAUUGUAUUAUCUUUAACGAUUUGUUCUUAGUAAUUUCAAUUUAAGUUGGUUCCUUAUCCUUCGUUGAUAAAGUGUAGUUUUGUUUUAGUUACGAAACGAAAGAAGUUUUGUGUUGUGUUAAUAAAAAAACUGAACAUGGUUUAUUAUUGUUGUGUACGGUUGUGUACAAAUCAUAGAAAAGUUAGAAAAAUGCAUAGAUAGGUAAAUAGUAAUUAGUUUAUAACUGUUUUAUCUGAAACGAAACAACAAAUAAAUACACGUAGGUACCUAUAUUUACAAAAACAUUGUCUAACUUUUUUUAUAUCCCUUUUCCUUACUAAAUUUGACAGCAAAAAUAACAUAUACAUUUUGUAACUUGGGAAUUCCGAAUAAGUUAUAAGUAGUACUUAGAUAUUAUUUAAAUAAAAUACUUUAACAAGCUUUGUAAGUUCUGGUAUUUUAUUUUAAUAAUAUAGGUGAGAUUAUUUCUCGUAAAAUAAGAAGAUAUUUUAAUUAGUAACAAAAGGGCCCGCAAGAGGCGCUGAACGGAUGAAAUUAAUGCUUGUCCAUUUAAAUUUCCCGCCAAAUGGUGAUUAGUUAACACUACGGUCGCAUGUGGCGAAAGGAACCAAAUUUUUACAGUGAGUUGCCUAUCUAUCCGGUAAUACUAUAUUAUUUAACCCAUAGAGGUAUAUAUUAACAUAGAGGGAGCCUACCUUCCGCGCUUCCUGACGACAAGAUCUCAGGGACUGGUUUGCUGCAUCUCCUUCUAACACAUUGUAUCGAGAAUCUAUAAUGACAUUCAGUGUGAAUAUAGGCACGGAAGAGGAGGACAACUGUAGCAGCUUUACUAUGCGUAAGAGUGAAACAGCACUAAUCCAAAUAAAAAAGAUGGUGUCGUCACUUCGCUCUGAAUGACACUCUCUCUAUGCUAAUAUUUAACUCUAUGAUUUAACCGUCCCUUGGUCCCGUCCCAGCGACGCCAUUGAUAUUCUUUAUUGUUGAUAUUUUUAUUUUUUUAAUUAUUGGAAAUUGGUUUAUUAGCUAUGGAAGAUAAAAGUGAAAUCAAGAAAGAGUUUACUGAAUAUGACCAAACAUGUAUAGAAGAAGGUCAUCUAUCGCCAUCAGCAGGUCUCAAAAAAUUUAAAAAUGAACCAAAGGAAGAUCAUCCAGCUAUAGAAGUUAAAGUUGAAAAGGAAGAGGUUGCAGAAUAUGUCCAAAAACCAUUAGAUAAUCUGUCUACAUCAAUAGAUCUUAAUUUUAAAAAUGAACCCAAGGAAGAUCACCUAGCUAUGGAAGUUAAAGUUGAAAAUGAAGAGGUUGCAGAAUACGACCAAAAAGAUAUAGAUAAUCUGUCCACAUCAAUAGAUCUUAAAGACUUAAAAGAUGAACCUGAGGAAAAUCAACAAGGUUGCUUACAAAAUAAGAACAAAAUGAAAAUUAUGAAAACACCUGAAAAUUCAUCUUCGAAGAUUUGGGUAGAUACGCCGAAGGAAAAACUAAAUAUGAAAGUUCAAAGUGGAAAAGGACCUUACACAUGUACAAUUUGUUUAAAACAAUUUUCUCAUCGAUGUAAUCUGAACAUACAUUCGAGAAUACAUACUAAGGAAAAACCUCACAAAUGUGAAAUUUGUUUGAAACGGUUUACUGCAGCAGGUACUCUUAAAUCACAUGUUAUGGCUCACACUGGAGAAAAACCUUAUAAGUGUAAUAUUUGUUUUAAGCAGUUUACUCGAGCACAAACUUUGAAAUCACAUUUGAGAACCCAUACUAGAGAAAAACCGUACAAGUGUGACAUUUGUUUUAAACAGUUUACUGAUGCAAGUAGGUUGAAAGCACAUUUAAAAACACAUUUGAAAACCCACACUGGAGAAAAGCCUUAUAAGUGUGAAAUUUGUUUAAAACAGUUCAGUGAAGCAGGAAGUUUGAAAACUCAUUUGAGAGUGCACACUGGGGAAAAACCUUGAUAAGUGUGAAAUUUGUUUUAAACAGUUUUGUCAAAAAUGUAAUUUGAAAACACAUUUGAGAGUGCACACUGGAGAAAAGCCUCACAAAUGUGGAAUUUGUUUGAAACAAUUUACUGAUGCAAGUACUUUGAAAACACAUUUGAGAACCCAUACUGGAGAAAAGCCUUAUAAGUGUGAUAUUUGCUUUAAACAGUUUAGUAUGGCAACUAAUUUGAAAAGACAUUUGAAAGUGCACACUGGAGAAAAGCCUUAUAAGUGUGAUACUUGCUUUAAACAGUUUACUGAGGCAAGUAAUUUGAAAAAACAUUUGAGAACACAUACUGGAAAAAGGCCUUACAAAUGUGGAAUUUGUUUGAAACAAUUUACUGGUUCAAGUAGUUUGAAAAUACAUUUGAGAACCCAUACUGGAGAAAAGUCUUAAAAGUGUGAUAAUAUUUGCUUUAACCCAUUAGUGCAGUGGCGUAACAAAAUCCGUCGCCCCCCCCCCCUCCCGCAGAAUUGGAAAUGGGGCCCCUUUUAAAAAAUUACUAAAUGCGACAUGUGUAAAUAUAGCCUAGUAAAUGAACGUGCAAUACGGCGAUAACGUGUAAUUUUCAGUAUCACCAACGAAGUGGUCAAGUCAAUACUUUUCGAGUUAUUUACGAGUGAAAAUGUUUAUUGUUCAACAAAAAAACACGUUUUAAGACGGUUUUUCGCAAAUAACUCAAGUAAAUAUUUGAUCGAAAAAAAUAUUCUUAGCAAAAAUAUAGCUUAUAAAAAAUGAAAGUCUAUCGACCCACUAAAAGCAAAGUGUAGCUCUUGAAAAAUUGUUCUUAUUCGUCAAAUUCCAAACCAAAUAAUAUUUAUCAACAUGAAAAAACCCAACAAUGAAGCACUUCGAAUAAAACUUAUUAAAACCUUUUUAAAGAGUUUAAAAAAGCCUUAUUUUUAUUUUUUACGCUCAAAAUACAGUUACAGCCGAGGGAGGGGGGGGGGGGGAGCAUGAACUUUUUGUAUGAUACAUGCAUAGCUUAGACUACCUCACACCAUGCCCCGGAAUCUCAUAUGGAAAAAUUGGGGAAUUUCCCCCACCACUUCCACACCGCUCAGCUAAAUAAAGAGAAACGACAGCCUUUCUCGCUCACGAAGACUUUAACCAAUCAUUUAUGUUAAAACACCAUACCUGAAUGUCACAAAUAAAAUAAUCGAACGAUGAGGCUUAACUCGACGAUGUCAAUUGUCAAUUCUUCAAAAGUAAUGACAGUUAGUGCAAAUACAAAUAAUUUUCUAUUAGUUUACAGUUUUUAUUGUAUUAUCUGUAACGAUUUAUUCUUAGUCAUUUCAAUUUCAGUUGGUUCCUUAUCCUUCGUUUAUAAAGUGUAGUGUGUAGUUUUGUUUUAGUUGCGAAAGAACUUUGGUGUUGUGUUAAUAAAAAAAAUAAAGAUGGUUUAUUAUUGUUGUGUACAAAUCAUAGAAAAGUUAGAAAAUGCAUAGGUAAAUAGUAAUUAGUUUAUAACUGUUUUAUCUGAAACAACGAAUAAAUACACGUACCUAUAUUUAGAAAAAAAUUGUCUAACUUUUUUAUAUCCCUUUUCCUUACUAAAUUUGACAGCAAAAAUAACAUAUUUUGCAACUUGAAAAUUCCGAAUAAUUUAUGAGUAUUACUUAGAUAUUAUUUAAAUAAAAUACUUUAACAAGUUAAACAAGUUUAACAAGUUUAGUAAGUUUUGGUAUUUUAUUUUAAUAAUAUAGGUGAGAUUAUCGCCCGGUUUCCGAAAGGAUGAUCAUCUCAAAAAUUAUGUAAUCGACGAUUAACAAUAGAUUAAAUGCGUCAGAAACGUCAACCAAACUAGUUUUAACAACAGUCGAUCACCUGACAAAAGAUUAAUCGUUAGUUAACAGCCGAUCAUGAGUGUUUUGAGUCUCCGAAAGGUCGAUUAACCAGUUUCGCUUGUCAAACGGCGGUAAAAAUGGACUGUUACCUAAUCUGCGACUAUCCGUCGAUUAACAAGCUGUUAAGAGUUUUUUUAGCUUUUUAAUUACUGUAAUUAACAAAUACCGGGAAAAAAUUGUCAAAUAACACAUAUUAUAUAAAUGAUAUAAAUCAUAUUAUUCAAUAAAAAUAAGAUUUUUUUAUGGAAGAAAUAAUUUAAAAUAUUUUUUUAACUUGCAGAACAUGGAUAUCUCGGACAUUUUUUAUAUUUGAUUAUAUAAUUUAUAUUUUUUUUCUUUUAAAAAUGUAAGGUAACAAAGAUGCUAGACUCAUAGAGCUAUUUUUUGAGAGGCCAGAGCUCUAAAAAGGAGAACAUAAUGAUUAUAGCGAUGUAAAUAAGAGGGAAAACGUGUGAGAAAUUAUAGCAGCUAACUUUGAAGACAAUAAAACAGCCGGUAAUUAAAUUAAAAAUAAAUAUAAAAAGUAAAUAUAUAGACCAAAAAUAAAAAUACGAUUAUAAAAUAUUAUAGAUCAUAAAUAAACUGUUUUAUAUGUCCAACUCUCGUCACAUUACCUAUCCUCAUUUUUAAAAUGCUCUCGUUCAAUUCUUGCUCCAAACAAAAGUGACAGUACGUAAGAGAGAAUGCACCUUUAGAAUCUAAAGAUACAAGUUUGGAUUUAGAGGUUAAUAUAAUUGAAAUUUUGAAGGAUAACAGCCAAUUGUGACAGUAUCGCUACCAAAUUGUAUGUCAGAUCAUCGAUUACAUGAUCUAUGAUCAUGCAAUUUUACAAUAAUUGGCGUUUGAGAAACCCAUCACAGGUUAACAGUUGAUCAAAUCUGACAGCCGAUUAGAUGAUCGGAGAUUUGAAUAACGUUUCGGAAACCGGCUGUAUUUCUUGUAAAAUAACAAGAUAUUUUAAUUAGUAACGAAAUUGCCCGCAAGGGGCGCUAAACGGAUAAAAUUAAUGCUUGUGCAUUUGAAUUUCCCGCCAAAUGGUGAUUAGUUAACACAUCGCUCGCAAAUGGCGUAAGGAACCAAAUUUUUACAGUGAGUUGCCUAUCUAUCUGGUAAUACUAUAUAUUAUUUAUCUAUGCCUCACACUUUAGCAAAUCUCGCACAGCGAAACGCAUAUUGAUCACAACAAGACCCAACCGUUGGCUGUCUCUGCAACGAAUAGAGAGGCGGGCAAAAUCAGUGCGGACGUGUAACGGUUACUUUUGAUACCGGGUCUCAGUGGUAGAUACUGAGUACAAAUACGGAUUACAAAAUACUGAUGUAUCUGUAUCUGAUGUGUUUCAUAGAUUAUAACAAGGCCUUUGAUAAAGUGCGGCAUGAUCAUCUAAUCAGACUCCUGGCAGAAAAGAAUUUAGAUAAACGAGAUAUCCGACUAAUAGCAAAUAUGUACUAUAAUCAGAAAGCAGUAGUGAGAGUAGAGAAUAAUACGACUGAAGAAAUUGAAAUAAAGCGAGGUGUGAGACAAGGGUGUAUACUGUCACCAACCCUGUUUAAUCUCUAUUCCGAAGACGUAAUGAAUAGAACACUCUCUGAGCAAUCCAUAGGUAUUAAAAUAAAUGGUGUUAGAUUAAACAAUCUGAGAUUUGCCGACAAUACCGUUCUGAUCGCAGAAACAUUUGAAGAUUAAUUAAUUAAUUUAAUUUUAUAUCUUCAAUGUGUUUAAAAGAUUAGUAAUAUCUCCAAUUAUGAUUUUAACUGUGUAAUAAAUUACUACCACACUAACAACACAUUAUUUGCAUUUUUCUAUAGUCAAAACCAGUUUACUGUAAUAACUCGCACCUUUGGGGAAACACUGACGUAAUUGCAAAUUUUUCACAAAAAUUUAUUUAUCAACACUACGAUAUUCCUAAUAUUCGUAUUUGUCUGGAGAAACAAAAAAACAAAGAAUUAUAAUUAUUCCCCAUUUCGCUAGAUCAAGUGUACCUAUGUAUGUAUAUCAAACAAUGUCAGAUUGUCAGUUGUGCGUGACACAACAUUAGUAUACAAUGGUAAAAUUAUGGAAUUUUUGGGGGAACAAUGAAAUACUUAUUUUCUAAUUUUUUGAGAAACAAUACAAUGAGAUAUUUGCUAAUUUCCUUCCCUUUCAGGCACGCAGCUUUGAGGUGAUGUUUAAGAAAAAUUCUAAUCCCAAUAACUAGGACUAUGGACAAUAGAUUUCUACUUCCUCUUGUAAUUUGCAUCUCAUUUUUAGCUUUAAGUACCUUUUAAAACUUUAAAUGCCUACGUUUUCUCAAAAAUUAACAAAUUUGCUUUUAUGUACGUCAGUGUCCCCAAAGGUGCGAAUUUUGCUAAAAACUAAUUAUUUUAUCAGCCGAUGCCGAUACUAUUGAUAUAAACAACACUGAUUGUGAUUGGAUUGUCGUUGCAAAAACUGCUUACCUAUUACAUAUAUUUAUAUCUCGUCUACAUAUUUUGUUUUUAAGCAUGAACAAGCCCGGUAUCAUGACACAUUUUAUUUGAGGGUAUGCGAUAUUCACAGAUAUGCUUAACGGUUUUUAAUAAUGAAUCAUUUAAGAAAUGAAUGAUAUUUACAAAAUUUUUAUACCUAUAGAAAAGGGAUUACGCCAUCAUUUGUGACAUUGUAUUUCUAGGCCUGGAUCCCGCGUACCAACAAAAAGUUGAUUAAUAGCAAGCUGAAAAUUUGUUAAUAGCUUAACGGUGUCUCGUCAGACAAACUUCAAGGGAUAAUUCCGAACGAGUUCUAUUAGCUUUUCUACGUCCAUCUCGAAAACAAAACCACAACUGAGAAUUGGGUCACGCGUCCCACGACACCAGAAAAUUGUGUUUCGAUAACAAACUUUCGCAUGCUAGACCUGGCACUGUAUUCACUGAUAUUAGGAUGCGCAGAACUCUCUACGCAACUCGCCGGUGGCAGGUUGUGUUCGCUUAGGAUCAAUUUGCGCCGGGGCUUACCUCGUUCAACACAACCUUGACUACCUUUCAGCACAAAGCUAAAAACAUUUGAACUGCAGAUAUUUAAAUUUAUUAUUUUUUUAAACGUUGCGUUCUGGCCCCCUCUCUGAAUCCGCCCUUGUUAAUAUUUUUUAAGUUAUUUUUAAAAAAUGGCAUUUUCCAAAUUAAAAGCUUUUUUAUUGUACCAAAUUUUUUCAAAAGGAAGAACUUCGAACCGGUUAUACUUACAGAUCAUACAGGGGAAGAUUUUCAGGUUUUUUUUAGCAAAAAGGGGCCAACUUUAUUUUGAGCGUAACUCGGUUAGUUUUGAUGCUAUAAACGCUAAAAAAAAUAUGCUAUAAAAAAUAAAGUUUAAAACAUUUAAAAAAAUUUUUAAUGAGUUUUCCCCGAAAAGUGCUUCAUUUUUUGAUUAUUUCACGUGGAAAUGUUCGAUUUGGAAUUGGACGAAGAACAAUUUUCAUGAGCUACAACUUUCACCCCCCAAGUAAAAGCAACCAACGGCACAAAUCCAACUUUGAAGGGUAGGAUAAAUAGAACCUAAAUCUAAAUUGUCAAGCAAAUACGUCGUGACGCUGAUAAUUACACUCCAAAACAGUAAUUUUACUGGGAUAUUAGUGUAUUCAUGCACCAUUUAUGACAACUUACAAUUUUCGUCUGUAUUGGUAUAGAAUAAAAUAGAACGAAAAUUCAUAAACGAUUACAUUAAGUAAUACAUAGUAUUAUUCUAUGAGAUGCACAACUUUCUUCGUGCACUACUAUCAGCGUAUAUAUCUACAAUUUUAUUAAGACAUACCUAUAUGAUGGGUAAGUUCAUUUUUAAUACUCAACAAUAACACAUUUUUACAUAAAAAUAUUAGACGACAAGAUGGGCCCCCCACAAGCUUCAUGCUGCGGGGGCCUCUGUUACGCCCCUGCAUUAGUUCCCAACGUUGCGGUAACGCAACAUUUUUUAUUGUAAGGUUUUCAAUUUAAAAAUCUUUUAGUAAUAUUUUAAUAUUUUUAAAUAUUAUUAAUAAUGCUAUUAGGAUUGAAAACUUCAUCUUUUAAUUGCCAGAUGACGCUAGUCACCUAAUAUUUUCACUUCAGUUGCAAUGGGUAGGAAAAACUCUCGAUGCUGGUCAGUUAGGAUAUGGAGAACAGUGCCUACGUUCUCUCCGAUGAUGCUCCAAUAAGAACCGAAAAUCGCGAUUCAGAGGACUGGACUACGCUCCGUAUUCUAAUUGAAAAAUAAGAUUGUUUUGCCUUCGCAUUGCAACUGAAUUAAAAAUGAAAUUUUUAUUUUAUUUUCUAUUGUAUUUUUUUUUUAAUGUAUCACUACUUGGAAUAACAUUUUUGUUGCUACAUUUCAUUUAGAACAGAACAUAAAGUACACAUCUAAUAAAAUAUUUUGAAAUAAUUAAAACGGAAUAUAUGUUACAGUUCAAGUUGAUUCUCAGUUAGAGUUGACUUUUCCUAGUUCGAGUCAACUCACAACUGAAACGAGCAGUAAAAGUUGAUUUGAAAAAUUUAAAUCAACUUUUACUAGUUGAAGUGGACUCUUCCUAACCCUUGUUAGUAAAAGUAGAUUAUACAAUUUAUACGAGUAUAAUCUCACGUGCAUUUUUGAUGCGUGUGCGUCUCUUUGUUUUGACCGUUUCAACUACUUAUUAGUCCAGGCUGUAACGUCGCCCCCGUUACGUAAAUUAUUUUGAUUCGAUUUUUUUGCACAAACUUACUUAAACAAAUACAUCCUUAUAACAAAUACACAGUGUCAGGCGGUACCGCGGUCGAACCAAUUUUUGUUAACCAAAUUCACAAAAAUAAUUCUUAUCUACUCUACCUCAUAUUAUGUAUAAAUUUUUAUUGUGUGAAAAUUGUAUAUAUAAAUAGCAGUACAUGAAGGGUUUAAAGUGUGCCUGAAGUAAUAAUGUAUUUUAAAUGGGAUUUACUUUUUCGCACUGUAUUUUAGCACGCUUUCAUAUAAUCAAAUAUCCUUAACUUUCGCCUUGUCAUGGUGAUGACAUGUGAGCCGUGAGCAAUAAAUUACAAAAUAAUUCUUUUUAAGUUUUGACAGUUUUGUGGUUUGACAGAAGUUUGAAUUUUUAAAUGUCAAAGUUCUAAAAAAUUGUAAAAUAGAUGACGAAGAGUUGCAGUUUUUUAUUUGUUUUGAUAAAAUAUUGUAUGAAACUGUACGUGAAGUACUUUUUGCGCACUUAGGCGAUGUAUAGCACUCGGCCCGCUCAUGCUCUAAACAUCGCGUGCGUGCGCAAACAGCAUACUUCACGAACUGUUUUAUAAAUAACUAAGUAUUUCACUCCGGACAAAUUUUUUUAGAUUAUUUUGGUCAUUCGGAGCAAAAAAGGUCUCUUGUGAUUUUUGUCUAAAAUUGAUAGUUUUCGAGUUAUACGCGAUUUAAAAUUUGAAAAAUGCGAAAUGACCAUGUUUAGGGCUUAAUAACUCGACUAAUAACUAUUAUUAUGAAAGUCGGAAAGUCACCUAAUCAAAGUUUAAAGCACCCACUACAAGAUCCUGAAGAAAUGUUUGUCAUGAUUUUAUUACUAAGCUGUUAUUUUUAAUUAUCAACAAUGAGCGCUAAAAGCGUAUUGAGACAGCCGUCAAUGUGAGUGCGAGUAAGAUCCUCCAUUCCGACCGUCCAAUGGUGCAUCUCAGUCGCACUCACAUUGCCAGCCGCCUCAAUACGCUCCUAGCGCUCAUUGUUAAUAAUUAAAAAUAACAGCUUAGUAAUACAGUAAUGACAAAUAUUUCUUCAGUACCUUGUAGGGGGGUCGUUAAAAUUUGAUUUGGUGACUUUCUGACUUUCAUAAUAAUAAUUUUUAACUCAGUUAUUAAGCCUUGAAAAUGGUCAUUUUCGCAUUUUUCAAAUUUUAAAUCGCGUAUAACUCGAGAACAAUAAAUUUUACAGAAAAAUCACAAAAGACCUCUUUUGCUAUGAAUGACCCAAAUGAUGUAAAAAAAUGUCCGAAGUGAAUUUUUUUUUGUAAAUUUGUUUAAAAAAAAUUGUUAAAACAAUUUUUCGAUUACGGUAGCACCUGACACCCUGUGGAUUCGUUAUAAGGACCUCUUUUUGAGUAAGUUUGUGCAAAUGAAUCGAACUGGAAUAAUUUACCUAACGGGGCGACGAUACAGUCUGGACUAUAAAUAUCACGAUUUGAACAUAAUAUACAGUAACAUUUAAUUUCUAGAAUCGGUUGUUUGUGUGAAUCAACUUUUACUAAAUGGCAUUGGGAAGAGCAGAGCCGUGCGGUACAUCUUUUCAAUAUGAUGCAAGUCUUCGAAAUGCCGCCCCUUAAAUAUUAUUGAAACUUGACUUUUAUUUUUAUUAAAUGCAACUGCACAAAAUGAACUAAAACUUAUUUUAAAAACAACAACUAAUUUAAAUUAAAUGAAAUAUAUGUAUUAACAUUAAAUAAUAUUUACAAAAAUUUCAAUUUUAUCCUUCUGACUAUAAUUUUGGUAAAUUCGUCAGAUUGAUGUAGUCUAAAGUAGCAGCUAGUCAGGACUCUUGAAAUGAGUGCUAAAUGUUUUAGUUUUGUUUGUCUUAUGGCGCUUCGUAAAUAAUUUUUAAGCUAAAUACUUUUUUAGUUACCGAGACAGGGAGUGUUAAUAAAAUUCUUAUUGAUACAACUUAUUAGUUCUUAUGUUUGUAUUUUAUUAUGUUGUAUGUUUAAUUUGCAAUUUAUAUUAAUUUUGUAAUACAUAAUAUAUUGGA